AUGGCCAGCACUGUCGCGGCCCAACCUCGCUGCGUCAUCCAGCCCAAGUAUGAGUUUGAUCCUAAUGCUGCGUACGCAGAUCCUGAAGUCCAAGCUUGGGCUGCCUAUUAUGCUCAUGGGGGUACCGAUCCUGCCGGUACCAUUCACUUUAUCUCUGUUCCCGGUUUGAAAACGACAGAUGGAGGCCAAAAGAACCACAAAGACCACAUUUCGAGCGUGAUGCAAUCUCGUCCUUCCCUAACGAUCGACACGGAUUUUCCAGGCCCCAGCACACCCAUUCCGCGGUCUGUUCGAGCAGACUCAGACGACCUACAGCACCUGCGGACUACAUACGGAAUCGUGGAGUGUCAUCCGGUCAAUGAUGUGACCGUCAAAUGCAACUUCAACCCCACCGGCGUGGACGAGCUCGCUGUCAAUGGUGGAGCGGUGGUUUGUGUUAUUCACCAGUUUCACGACCAAUGGUCCUUUGUUAAGGAUCGGGAAGGAAAGCGGGGAAUGGUGCCGUCUGAAUACCUACAGUUGGAAGAGUCGUCAGAAAUAUUGCGGUUGCCGUGGCCCAGAACUCCGAGCUCUAUGUCAAGGCUUAAUCCUGUUCGGUCGCCAGAUUCUGCAGAGCCUCCCCAGCAGUUACCCGUUUUUACCCUCCGCUCGAAGCGGAAGUCAAAAAGGAGCAUCUUAGGCCUGCUAGAACUCUUACAUUUCAGCAAACGGAAACAAGGAGACUCAAGCAAUUCGAAAACUUCUCUGCCUCCGAUAACCACACCAUUCAACCUUGACCUCGACCGGCGGCCUCGAUCCGCAUUGAAGAAAUCUUUGUCUUUGAAGGGCAAACAAAAGGAAACGCCUGAGUUGCAGAGAAGAGUGAGAUUUGACUCCGCACUCAACGAAAGGUUCCUCUACGAAAGCACUAGCGAUAUUGCCUCUAUCAUAUCGCCCUCCGUGAGCCAAUUCUCAGAUGAUUCGGUGGUCGAAACCCCCCUUUCUAUGCAGUUAUCAGACUCAGAAUCAGGAUCAAACAAUCCUUCGUUCACAGGCUCACUACCGCCGUCGUACGAUGAACUGUUUUCUCUUUUUCGUCGACCCCUUCCCGAUAUCCCGACGGAGAUUUCCCACUUUCCUCCCUUAUCUUUCGGAGAUAUUAAGGAGCAGCAAACCAGCCUCACUUUGGAUUCAAAAUCUCACGGAGAAGGAAACGUACCCGUGGAAGUGCACGUCAAGCCUGUUUCACCUUCUAUGGACUCUCUGGACCCGUCGAUCGUGAGACCUGAAGCGGUUGUUUGUAUUCCCGUAUUCCUUCCAGAGGAUAUUGCCUCUGAAACUAUUAUCUAUCGAAACAUUCUAUCGCUCCUAGUCAAAGAGGUCUCGUCCACCGAUACACUACGGACAACGCUUCAUGAAUACAUUGUAACACUACGACCUCUGGAUCGUGUGUCGAGUCUUCUUCAGAGUCGUGAUUACCGCGCAAAUCUUUUGCAGGUCGCGUCAGCUUUGGACAUUUCCGAAGAUGCAAGGAUACGGGAAGCUCUACAAAAGGACGAACAUGAAAUUGCUGGAUUGCUGGAUGCUAUUUCACAUUCCGAAGUAUCUAAAGCGGCUGUGUUGCGGUUGGAAGGAGAAGAUGCUCAGAAGUUCUUGGAUGUCGUUCAGGAUGUUCUCGACAAGGCAUACUUGCUCAAUCAGGAUGACAACGCUAGGGCGAGGCGCCUUCUUGUAAAAUUAUCCGAGACUUGCGACAAACUUCCGCUUUCGUUGUUCAUCAAAGGCGUUGAACGAGCAGAUGAACAAGCCACCUUUGGAGGGGGAUUUGGGGAUGUCUACCGGGCUUCGUAUAACGGUCAGUACGUCGCCCUCAAAAGAAUGAGAAUCUUCUCGAGGGAUCCUGGGCUUCCUAAUAUACGCAGGCGAUUCUGCAAGGAAGCACUCAUCUGGCAGCAGUUGAAAAGUUCGUUCGUUGUACCAUUUUUGGGGAUAGAUGCAGAGACGUUCCCGUCCUUCUUAUGUAUGGUUUCACCAUGGAUGAGACAUGGCACUGUAUUGAAGCAUCUUGCCGACCAUGGUAGGAAUGGAGUUGAUAAGCGGUUGUACGAAGUUGCUCAAGGAUUAUCCUAUCUUCACUCUCAAAAGAUCGCUCAUGGCGACCUGCGUGGUUCUAAUAUCCUUAUCAACGACGAGUGGCAAGCAUGCCUUACCGAUUUUGGACUGACAGUUUUCGACGAUGCUACUGCACUGACAUUCACCUCUCGACGGGAAGGUUCUGUGAGAUGGAUGGCUCCAGAGCUGCACGACCCCGAAUCUUUCGGUCUGGAUAGAUUCCGGCUUACACCUGAGACUGAUAUUUAUGCUUUCGGGUGUGUCUGUUUGGAGUUGUACACCGGCCGCCCACCGUUUGUGGACAUACUGCGAGAUCCCGCUGUGAUCUUCAAGGUUAUUCAAGGAGGGCGUCCUAGCCGACCGAUGGGUGAGGGAGGAAUGUCAGAUCAGCUUUGGAAGGUGGUGGAGAUGUGUUGGAGUCAACACUUUGCAGACAGGUUGAAGACGGAAGAGGUUGUCGAGUUCACCAAGAGGUUGAGUGAUCCGGAUACUAAGUUCCUGGACCUUCCAGUGUUUUCUGAAGUUCCUCAGAGCCUUUUGUUGUCAAAUGAGGACGAGGACGACGACGGCUCUCUCGACAUGAAUGCAGAAGAGGAUACCCUUGUCAAAAAAUCGCUCGCGAAUGCUCUAUAUCUCCAAGGCGAACUCUCCAUUUCCAAUGAUUCCCUGUUUACCCAAUCGCUGCAUCUAUUCCCAAACAUUCCAGGGGGACCUUUCCCUACUGAUUCGCCAAUUGUUUAUACUCUCGACGAAGAAGACGAAGAAGACGAAGAAGACGACGUGGAUGGUCCUUCAAUAUCAGUGGUCGAUAUGGAAGUAACUCGUUUCCCCCCCGUACUACCCCUCCGCAAGUCCAGCCUAUCCAUGCUCUCCAUUACACCGGCAUCGCGGUCAGUGACGCCCGACUUACCUGAGGUCUUGAAUGACUACUGGAGUAUCGUGGAUCAGCUAGACAGCGCGCUGGAUAAUGAUUUCUCCUUGACCCUUGAUUUUGAACCAGCGGAAGCUGGCAAGGCAGGAGAUCCUUCCCCGACCCCUCGUUCUGCUACUGCCGAGAACAUCGAUCUUAAAGCCGAAACUUGCAAUGAAGUCACUCAACGUCCCUUUUCUCGCUCUACCAUUCUUGACCUUCUUUUAUUAGCUGUUUUAGCAUCGGCGUUCGUCGUUUCCAUGUCCUCCCUUACCUGA